UAAUUGAUUUCAGUUAUUCUUAUACUCUAUGUUAACUUGAGAGUAGGAAGAUGAAAUCGUUUUGUAUUAUAGCAGUUUUAUUCUUUACUUGUCUAACAUUUAUUACCUGUAACGAAUAUUGCAGAUUUGCGUGUGAUGUUGGCAGCCAUACCAUGUGUAUUAGAGAAAAUGAGAAAUGUGGGCCAGGACCUAAAUGCGGAAACUUUUAUAAACCAAUCGAGUUCACUUUUGCAGACAGACAGUACAUCGUAGAUCUUCAUAAUUAUUUGCGAAAUAAAGUUGCAACUGGAAAAGAGGUUAUUGGUAGUCAAUAUUCAGCCACAAACAUGAAGGCACUGACUUACAAUAUGGAAUUGGAACAAAUAGCAAAAUGUUGGACUAAUAACUGCAUUUAUGGUCAUGACAGUUGUAGAUCAACUAAUAGUUACGAUUGGGUAGGACAAAACAUAGGGAUCACUUGGUACAAAGGAGUACUCGGUAAUUAUAGAACUGUAAUUAAUAAUACAAUUCUGGCAUGGUAUGACGAAGUUACCAAUUUUGAAGCUAACUGGGUUCAUAACUAUGGCCACUAUGAAAAUGUGGUGGCCCACUACACCCAAGUAGUUUGGGCGGAUACGAGGGAAAUAGGAUGCGGUAUGACCUUCUGGGUAGAAGGCACUUUCUUUAACUAUUUCUUUGCUUGUAACUAUGGACCAGGAGGAAACUAUCUCUCAGAACCUGUGUACCAACCCGGUCCACCAGCUAGUGCUUGUUUCGGAUUGAAAGCGAAUCAAGUUUAUCGGGGUUUAUGUGGCCCUGAAUACUUAUAGUAGAUCAAGAUAAUAUUUAUUACAAUAAUUGUAAAUUUAUUAUAUUUUUAAUGUGUGUUGUUAUAUUCGUCUUUUAUUAUUAUCAUAUCAUUAUUACCUUGGACGCGGGGUUAAAUUGGUCACACCAUAUUGACAACCAGGGGCGGCUUGUGACCAAUAUUUUGGGGGUUCACAGUAGCAGACUAUGGAUUUCGGUACAGAUGUAGGUAAAAAAAUGUCAGUGUUUUAGAAAGUUAUAUUAUAAACUUACUAAAA